GUAAGAAGCUCCGCUUGGGACCUCAGACACCUUGCUGUCAGUCUGGGGAUUCCACCCUGCUGCUGAAGAGCGGGGAGAAGCAGGAGGAGGCUUCCUGGCCCCAUCCUACCGCCCGCCUUCGGGCGCUGCUUAAAGUGUGCGGAGCAGGUGCCUGCAGUGGAGGACGAACUUUGCGAGAUUUAGCGCAGUUCGCUGCACCCAUUCAUUGCCCAAAAGGUCCACCCUUCGGUCCGGCCCGCAGUCGUUGGGAAGAGGACCCAGGGACUGCAGCGGCCACUCGCGGGGCACUGGGGCCAGAGGACGGCCGGAGAUCGCCGCUGACCCUAGUGGGCUGGGGAGGCGACGGCGGCUGCGUCCAUGCAGCUGUGUGCCAGGGCAUGGGGGCUGCGCCUGGGCCGCGGAGUCGGGGGCGGCCACCGCCUGGCUCGGGGCGCGGGCUUGAGUUGGGCGCCGCAGGGCCGGGACAGCAGCGGCGGCGGCGGCGGUGGCGGGGACCGCGGCGCGCCUGGGGCCUCGCGCCUCCUGGAGCGCCUCCUGCCCAGACACGACGACUUCGCCCAGAGACACAUCGGCCCGGGAGACAAAGACCGGAGGGAGAUGCUGCAGGCGUUGGGGCUGGCGAGCAUUGACGAACUCAUCGAGAAGACAGUCCCCGCCAGCAUCCGUUUGAACAGACCCUUAAAAAUGGAAGAUCCUGUUUGUAAGUGGCCGGGAGGACUCCCUGGGGCUCCACUUGCUCU